AUGGCCGCCGCCUCGCUCCCGACUGGCCGCCGGCCCACCACGUCGCCGCACUUCCGGCCCGGUGCUCAGAGCGUCUUUACCAUGGACGGGAGCUACGAGUGCUGCUCGGAGGCGGCCGCCUGGUUGGGGUCCCACUUUGGGGGGGUUUCCCCCCGCGUGGGGUUGGUGUGUGGGUCCGGCCUGGGAGCUUUGGCCGAAGAUUUGGGGCAGCCCCACAGCGUGGACUACGCGGACAUCCCCCACUUCCCCCGCAGCACCGUGUCGGGCCACGCGGGCCGCCUGGUGGUGGGCACUCUGGGCUCCGUGCCCUGCGCCGUCCUGCAGGGCCGAUUCCACCUCUAUGAGGGAUACAGCCCCGCUCAGGUGG